AAUAUCAGCCAAUCACAACCGUCUUGGUUUAAAGUCUUCAAGUUAAACAGCAUGGCGGCAGGAUAUGUUAUGUUUUAUUAUUAGAUUACGUUCCUGAAAGAUGAGUGACUUCAGUCAUUUGGAGACUCUCCGAAAUCAGAAUAAAAACCUUCUCAACAAACUGAAAGUGAAACAGGAACUGCUUCAUAAGAUAAAUAAAGAAGCAGUUCUUGGAGAAAGAAAGACAGAACAGCAUGGUAUCUGGAAUAUAGAGAUAAAAAGCAAUAUCCGACAGCAGAAAGAGAAACUAAAUUAUACAAAUAGUGAUACCAUCAAUGACUUUGUAGAAGGUACAGGCCGAUCAGAAGGGAGAGACUCUGUCAGGGUUAAGACCGCAGGUACAUCAGCAGAUGCUAGGACAGCUUUGUCAUCUUCCGCAAAGGGCAACAUAAGCAAGUGUAACCAGAGAGUUACUUUCAGUGAUGGAGCAGUACUAGGAAGAGAAAAGCUGCAGACAUUUUAUGGGACUGAAAAGGAUGGUGAAAAGCAAAAUGAUGUUUCUGUGCCACUGGACAAAAAUGUUGAAAGAAAGCAGGAGUUUAGAACGUCAACACCUUAUAAAGUACACUUAGAGAACACUGGUGAAAAAGAGACGUGGAGUGACACAGUGCAUCAUGGUCAUUCUAAACCAGCAUACCACUCUAAGUUCCUGCAGUCCCAGCAUGAGCAAGAGCAUCAGAGGUCAGACCUGGAGCCAGUCCUGUAUUCUGCUAGACUCAUGGAUGAAGGAAAUGACAGGCAAAAAGAAAAGUUUGUCCGAGAAAUGAAGAAACCAAAGUCCAUUCUGAUAACUCCAAAGACCAAGGAGUCCAAGAAGGAACCUAGUCAUGUGACCUUUCAGCAGGAACAUGAGGAGUCUAGGAACAAUGUUUGGACAGAUCAGCCCUUACUAGGUUAUGACUGGAUUGCAGGCCUGCUUGACAUUGAUUGUUCUGUAGCUGAGAAAUCACAGCAGUACUUUUCCGAGUUACAAGAAUUCAGACAAGUGAAUAAAGAAGAGUGUAUCCGUAUGGAAUACCUUGAGGCAGAGGAGCUGGAUCUCUCAGUUCCAUUCACCAAGCAGAGUGAUUGUUAUGUAAAUCAGACAACUGAAGGCCAUCAUUGUAUUCAUCGUUAUAAAAUCAACAGUCGUCUCUUCCCUGUUCCUUUAGAAGAAGGUGCAUCUUGCCCCAUCUGUAGAACUCCUCAAGCCAAAGUGUCUACCACAGAUCAGCCUGCUUAUAUCCGGAUUAGCAUCCCCAGAUCCACCUUAUUACCUCCAUAUAAGCACAAAGUGCACCGCAGAAAAAGCUUUGAUCCCACUGACAGUCUGGCUUUGCCUUCGCACUGUCUAGCAGGUUGGGAGAAUGCUGUUCCAUCGAGUUUACCUCCUCCAAGUAGCUUAGACUUGCAGAGCAGUUUAGAACGAGAUAAAACAAUGACCUCUGUCAGCACAACCAACCUGAAUACUACAACGUCAAGAGUUAUGGGAAAUACCAUAUCCGAUGACCUUUUUGAUAUCUCUCGACUUGCACGCUAUCGACUUCAGAAGCUUGACCAGCAGCAGAGGUGGAGCAGUAGAAUGCCUCAUUCUACAAACCUGCCUGUUCACUGAAGUACAACAGAUGUUGUGCUUGUCAGUACAAGGCUGAAAUUACUAAGGCUCUUCACUUUAUUGAACUUCAUGACCUGCAUAUUUCUGUGUGGCAAACCAGGGUACAUUAUUUGUUUGUAUUAGGAAAGUGAGAGCGUACAGCAGCAUCUGAAUAUAAAUCAAUGGCAUAAAUGUACUAGCCUGGAAGUACUGAUCUUGCUUUUGAUUAAUUGGUGUAAGUGAUUAACGUGCUGGUACAAAUCCUGAGCAGAUAUUACUACAGCCAGGCUGUUAUUCUAAAGUCGUGAAGCCUCAGUAUGAAAUAGAACAGCCCACCAUAGGUUGUUGCACUUAACAAAGUAUCAGGAUUUUUAUUUCGUUAUACAUUCUACUUAUUGGGGAGGCAUUUUUUUUACGUGUAUACUGAAUGCAUGUUACACACCCUUAUUAGCCAAUUAAAUGGGUUGAUUUUCUGAAACCAUUUCAUAAAUCAAGUUUGAUCUUAUAAAGAGUUCAGAAUUCAGUGUUUGUGUGUCUAUUUCAGGCCAAUUGGCUGGGGUGUUAGGAUGACAGUUUAACAAUUUUGUACAGGUUUUGUUAACAAAACUAGAACAAAAUUAUGCUGUACAGUCCUAAUACCAUGGCUUGAAUGCAGUGUUAGUCUCGGAUAAGCAGUACUUUUGUAAUACUUUUUGUAUUAGUCUGGUCUGGUGUAACAAAUAUAAAACUUUUAUUUUAAAACAGAUGAGUAUUUAUUACGAUGGUUAGGUUAUGAUUUUUUGUGAUGUAAAUUGUAUUUUAAUAUACCUAUUUUUUUCAAAGUUCAAUAAAUGAAUAAUUGAAAAGA